AGAGAUGUGCUACAUGCUCGCUGUAGCUUCAACGGAAUAUUUUUCAUAUUACUACGUUCUAUAUGCCUUCAAGGGAGUGAUUUUAAGGAAACUUUCCGUGUUUUAGCAAGUCACGUGUUAAAAUCCGGGAUAUCUCGCUUGUUAUAAACGAUAUUUUAAAAAAGCCCUCUAGGCCCCCUCCUAACAGGUUGCAAAUACCUAUCCUGAGUUAACUCUUUGAAAAUAUUGGCUCUGUAGCUUUAUAGAUAAAAGAAAAUUACGCCAGCACUAACAUAAUGCUUUAUAAGGGGUUGUGACACUCUAAAGUGUAAAAAUUUGUCCGGAACGCAGAAGUAGAGUCCAUCUGACUACCUGAAUAACGUACAAGACCCCCGAAGUCAUGUAAAAUGCCCUUAAAUGAUUGCUAAGUCUGUGCAUAACGGAUUUCGAAAAACGAUCCCUUCGAAAAAAGCAUGCUGAAUGCUGGUCUUCCCAUCUUGGCCCAAGGGCCUAAUCAUAGCAUGACCUUUUGACCAUUUUUUAGAGGCUUCCGGGUCAUGAUACCUACUUUUGGUCACUUUUUUUUACAAGUAGGCCUAGUCGAUCCAGUCGAAAAGCCUGCGACCACUGCCUGGAAGGAUACCGACUUUCUGAAGAGCGAUGAAACAUGCCUGAUCUUAUCUUGUGCCACCAGGCUCUCAACGCAGACUGCUUGUUGUAACAGUCUUCCAAUUGAAAUUAGUACACAGUUUCUCUUCAUUAGAGAGAGAGAGAGAGAGCAACAUGUGUAAAGUAAGAAAACAAAAACAGACUGUCUGCAAGGCACGGGGUGGAACGACUGACGUCAUCAUCCUGUGUGAUCAGAUACAGUGACAGUGUGGACUACAGCUAUACGAGGCCCGAUGUUGAGCGGUACCGUCCUUCUUCCCAGAGGUUAGAAGAGCUUGCUCUACAACUGUGACGCCUCCUGAGGGCGAACGAACAGGAGUCGAUCUGCUUCCUUCUGCUUCUCCCGAAGAAGAUACCAUAACGAGAGCGGGGAAAAGAACUGGUUAUGGAGAUAGAGGAGGAAAAUAAAGAUCCUGCCAUCGGAAAGGACGGGCCGGAGAAUGGGCGGGGCUUCGAGGGGGUGGGCGGAGCUCAUGGAAGCUCGUGCGUCCAACAGCUGAUGGUGAAACUCCGGAUAGUGAAGGGAGACGCUACACCCGUCAACUGGAAAUAUAUCAUGAUGGUCGUCUUAGCCUUGUUCUCCAGCUCGAGUACCCUGACGUUUUUAUUUCCCUUCCUUCCUGAAAUGAUCAUGAGUUUUGGAUAUUCAGAAGAAGACAAAGGGAAGUAUGGUGGUUAUGUUGCUGGCUGUGUGUUUGCUGGAAGAGUCUUUGGAAGUGUGUUCUGGGGCUGGCUAGCUGAUCGCCGGGGCCGGAAACUUGUACUACUCAUCACCAUUGCACUCAAUGGUCUCUUUGCCUUCCUCUUCGGCUUUGCCAAGAACCUCGGGCUGGCCAUGUUCUUCCGCUUCAUGUGUGGAGCUGUCAAUGGAACCGUUGGCACUUCCAAAGCCAUUCUGUAUGACAUUUCUGAUAACUCCAACCAGGCCAUUGGUAUGGCUUUCCUCUCCAUUGCCUGGGCUUUAGGGCUGAUCAUUGGACCUCUUAUGGGAGGAGUCCUUGCAUCUCCUGCCGUCAAGUAUCCUAGUGUGUUUGAUGCUGAUGGUAUCUUUGGGGAAUUUCCUUACUUGUUAACAACCUUGUUCCCACUGAUCACUUGUAUCCUGAUCUUCCUCUUCAUACUUGUGAAAUUUGAUGAGACUUUUGUUUCUGAAGUGAAGAGGAAAAAGACAACUGUUGUUUAUGUUGAAAAGGAAGAAGAGGACAAUCCAUCUUUGAAGAAGGAAGCAGGCGACUGUUCUGAGUGGACAAUAUUACAUGCUAAAGAUGCUUGGACAUCUCAGAGUUCUAUGCACAACCUGGGUCAGUCUAUCCAGUCCUUUAGCCUGGAGGCAGAGCCACUGGGCCUUUUGGCCUUGCAGAUGGGCCGUAAAGAGCAGAGUUAUGAGCCCGAUACAUCACUACCGGUCCGGAGACAGCAUAUGCAGUCACAACCUAAUCUUUCUGUGGAUGUGACAGCAGAUUUAAAGGAUGAAUUUGUAAGCCAAAAACUACCCUCUCAGUAUUCAAAGUCUACUCCAAAUGUAUUUGACUUAGAAUAUGAGAAGGCUUCAUUAAAACAGAUAUUUGAGGGAGUGAACAGCAGCACUAAUGAAGGCCAGCUUGAUUGGUCCGUCACUACAACAAAUCCACGUGUGAGGAAUGGUUACAAUGAUGGUCAAAACCCCAAUGGCUGUGUAAAAACUGCUGACAUUGAAAGCAACCCAUGGAGAAGUAAAACAUCAGGGGUCGCACAAAGCACUGGGAUAAAUGGUGAUGUGAACGGCAAAGACGACCCAGUGGCUGCGGAGAAGGGAGAUAGAAGCCGGCAGGUGUUACUGCAGGUAUCGGAGGAGAGAGAGGAGAGUGUGUGCUCCUGUAUGGUGUGGUGUUGUCGCACUCCGUGCUGUCGGCCAGCGUCUGGUUCUAGCCUAGCUAAACUGCUGCUAUAUACAGACGUCUGGGCUGCCAUAAUGCUAUAUACUGUGUUAUCCUUCACCACUAUUGGCGUUGAGGACAUAUUUCCUGUUUUUGCCUCAACACGGAAAGACCUUGGUGGGCUCGGCUUCAGCACUGAUGAAAUUGGAGUUGCUAUUGGAACAAUGACAAUACCACUGCUGGUUCUGCAGCUCAAACUGUUUCCUUUUCUGGAGGAGAAAAUGGGAGUGCGCAGGGUAACGAUGCUUAGCUGUGUCGUGUGUCUCGUGACCUGCCAGAUGCUGCCACUUGUUAGACUGCUCAGUGACAACCCCAUUUGGCUGUGGUUUUGUCUGUUCCUGAUCCAGUUGCCAAACAAGAUAGCCGUCAAUAGCUGUUUUGCAGGCUCAGCACUGCUCAUCAAUAACUGUGCAGCGCAAGAGCUUGCUGGACAGGUGAAUGGGCUGGCCAUGAUGAGCACUGCCAUUGGGAGGUCAGUUGCUCCUGUAUUUGCCGGUGGUCUCUUCACUUGGACUGUCACCUACGGCCCUGGCAUCGGCUUCCCUUUUGACACAAGUUUCCCGUUCUUUGUAUUAGGAAUGAUCUACAUCAUAACAGUCUUUGAAUGCCUCCAUAUCAAUGCCAGACUGGACAAGCAGAAAAAAUGAUGAGCCAAGGAAUUAUUCUUGUGACCAUGAAUUGGGAAUACUGGCUGAUUUGGGAAUUUGCUUUACUGCUUUGCAUCAAGUUGAGAGGACUGAGCCCAUUCAACAGUUGAGCAAACAAACUGGUGUGUAACACUUUAGAAUAGUGUGUCUCCCUGGCUACCUUAUCAGUUGUGUAAGGUACCAGCCUGAUUCCGUAACUUUUGGCUUUUAAAGAAUGUUGGACAUUUAUGUUCGGCUGCAUGAGUUUAUUGAUAUUUUAUGUUCAUGAGAGAAAAGGAAGAAAGCAGAGGCUCACUUGAAUCAAAGAGAUAAUGUUUUGUGUGUUUUUCUCUUCAAAACUCCAUGACAUAUUAUCAUAAUGUUUCAUGAUCAAAGUUGUCUUGUCAAGUGAUUGGUGACAUUAUUAAUUUCUGAAACACAUCACUUCCUUUUGUAAGCCUAGUGAAUACUGGGUGUGAAUUCAAGUGACUGAGAAAAGAUCAUUAAUUUUAAAGAAGAAAAGAAAUAUCAAGUCAUGUGGCACCUGAAUUGAGUUUAUUAAAUGUAUGCCAGGGAUAGACUCUAGCCUGUGCGAAAUUUUUAAAAAGGCAGUCUUGUCUAGACCUAUACUUAUGUCUCUAUAGAUCUACACACCAGAAACAAUG